CCGCGCACGCCGUCUGCCCGCCCGCGUGUAGUGCGCCUCUCGUGUUGCACACGUACUCGCACCCAUCACUCGCGGCGGCACUACGCUAGAGAGAGGGUGUCGAGAGAGAGAGAGGAAGGGCUGCUGCACUCGGACCUGGUGGCAGGCGCGUGCACACUGCGUGCGGCACCUGGGAGUCGAACAGGCAUGCUGACAACUCCACCGACUCGGCAGUGAGUCGAGUAAGCCACUCAUGAACGGCGCCAGGAACAGCUGAGGCGAGGGACCUACAGGUGGCGGCGAGGACCCGCGAUACACACCAGCAAGGGUGUGUCGACCGCCCAGUCGUCUGUGCCGCGUUCCUGCAGCGAUCGGUGCGGUGCCAGUGACCAGGCAGCCGAAGCAGCGCUGACGGCGAUGGUCGUGUGCCUCACCUGGGGCUGCCAGGCUCCCGCGGCGGCCCUGUGCGCCCCGGUGCUGGGCCCGCCGCAGCCUCCACCGCCCCCGCCUCCGCAGACGACCGCCACAACGUUCUGCUCUGUGAUUCCCAUCCACCCCUGGAAGCAGUCGUAUGGCAUGGAGCAAGUGUGGCAGGCCGAGUUCCAGAAGCUGUUCUCGCAGUACGUGCCCCAAACGUGGUACCUGCUGCCCGUCGUGCAGCGCCCCAUCGGCAUCAACUGGCAGACGUUCGUCGACUCGGCCAAAGUGCGCUUCUGCUGCGAGGAAUGCGGCCACGGCUGGACGUCGAUGAAGGGGCGCAUCUCGUUCUGGUUCCUGCUGACGAGCCACGGCGAGGGCCUGGUGACCUUCAAGCUGUACGGCCAGCAGUGCGACAAGUGCAAGGUGGGCCGCUACGAGCCGGCCAUGUGGUACCCGGAGGAAGUGGUCAAGGUGCUGGUGAACAUCUACAACCGGGUGGGCCAAGUUUACUACGGCUUCCAGCAGCCACCCAUCCACAAGAACCGGCGGCCGGGAAAGCCGCGUAACCCGCACAACGCCGAACUGUGCCAGGCCUGCAAGGACGGUGUCUGCUCCGAACGGAGGUGAUUGCGCCGACGCAGUACGACAGCGACCCAACGGAGUGCUAGACCACGGCUCAUGACGGGGCUCUUCGAUCACACCUGUUGCGAAACUCAAUAUUGGACCCACGGUUUAUGAACGGCCGCGCUGAUUGGGCCAUAAGUUGAAAACGUAAUCGCGCCACCUGUAGUUGAGCAAGCUAUAGGGCGAGCACGAUGUGCAGAUGGUUGUAGUUGUGCCUAUAUUCAAAGUCUUCAAAGCGAUAAAUGACAAUUAUAGGGCAUAUGCUGCUAGCCCUCAACGUAUUGGUCACAAUCCGUGGCCGGAUUCUGAAGUGCGGUUUCGCAAGAGCACAGGUGAAACUAAAUAAUUUUCCCGAGGUUAAACUCAAGACACACGGGCGCUGGCUUUUCGAUCACAGCCAAGCAGGAAUGCUCUGUCGCAUACACGUCAACUUGCGCCACACAAGAGAGCGUUCCUAAAUGAAUGAGCUCGCUGCAGGGCAUGCAGGUGCGCACGCUUCCCAUAUGCCGAUAGUCUCCGUGAACAGUUGGUCAAAAACGCGCACCACACAUACGCUCAUCUUCCACACGAGGCCCUGGACCAGGACUAUCACAUCUGCGUCCAACUCCUAUAAAGAUUAUGUAAAAGCCUAAUGAGGAAGACAUUUCCACAGGGACGAACGGAAAGAGAAGAAAAAAAAAUAGAAAGAAAGAAAGAAAAAAGAAAGUGCUUGAGAAGCUCUGUAAACAAUUUAAGAACAGUACACACCGUUAGUAAAGUAUAGCUCUGAUUUUCCUUAUAGCUGUUCAAAGUAUGUGACUCCCCAAUAAUGUUUUACCAACAAACCCAUCUUUCUUCUCACAGAGUGCUGCGAAGCAGGAAUCACCAGCAUGAAUGUAGCAAAGUAGCAAAACGCAUAAUUACACACCAAACCAGUUUCCUUCUUUUUCUGUUCGACCAAGCCAAUGGUCAGUGAAUGCCGAAUUACAUUGCCUAUUAGUUUCCCAUUGGAUGUCUGUUCUGUCUGCUGUCACUAUAAAUGCUGUCUAGCAGGUCGCUUUAUAACUAUGCAACUUGACAUAUGCUUCGAAAGGAUGAGACAGUCGACGUGAAGCAGGACAAAGGUCACUCAAAGCCAUUUUUCAUUAACCAAUGCAAACACAACUUGACCAAAAAUAUCAGUUCCCAACUGGCUCUUGAUUUGACUCGACAUGAUUGCUACUACAGGCACCAGUGCUUUCGACCCCAUAAUCACUGGUCAAGUGAUACCUGUUCAUAUAUGCUUGCCGACAGGAUGCUAUCUACCAAGACUGAGCUAUGAACACGUCGUGUAUUUUUUUUUCUUCUAAAACAGAAAUUUCGAGUUAAUGAAAUUCGCAAUUCAAUGAAGCCUUUCGUUGCAAGUACGAUGUCAAGGCAUUGAAGUUCAAUAUUUUAUAGCAAAGUGUAAUGUAUCGGUUUCAUCAAAUUUGGGCACCUUGAUUCAUGCAGUUACAGCAUUGAUAUUUGUUUUCAUUGCGGGUUUAGUUAUAAACUUGAGGCUUUUUUUACUUUGUCUUUUGGCAAAUUUUGAUAAAGAAAGAAAUUAAGUGCAUAGUAAGAAAUCUACACCAAACAAUCACUAGAAUUUAACGGUUGCCUUUAAAUGCAACAGAUUUUGUUAUAGACCCAAAACGGGCAUUUCUGCAUUUCACAAUUAUUUGUAUAGGCAGGCUCAUGCAAUGUUGCCUCGUAAAAGGCUUCAGGAAAUGAAAAGCCACAUGCCUUCUUAUGUUGAUGCAUUGCCCUGAUACCCCUAGUGCACCCGACUGUGUGAAUAUGCCAAACUAUAAAUGGGAGCCAAGGCCUUUCUCUCACCUGUCAGCCCUUACACCCGGUUUCCUUAUUUGUAAAAUAAAACUUCACUCCCACUGCACAGACAAACACAGGAAGCUUGCACCUGUGCUGGUAAUUAAGUGACACUAAUGGCAAAAAUUGAAAACACCCAAAUAUGGUGCUUAAGGUAGAAUGUAUGUGUUCAAAUUAGCAUUUCCCUGAGGCAUGCACUUCACCUGCAGUCACCAUGACUUGCAAUAUAGUGGAUUGAGAGAGGGAACCCGGUCUGCUGUCCAGUACCAAGUCAGUGAAAGGGGGGAUAGCAGCAAGAGAAGUAAACAAAACACCGCUUGCAUUUGGACAAUCGCUACCAAGCAGAACUACAGGUUUGGUACAACAUAUUAAUUAGUGCAGCUGUCAUUAAGGUGCUCAGGAGUUUGUGCUGUCUUGACUUUACAGUGACAGCAUAUUUCUAGACCAUAAUAUUUAGGACUAUCAUAAUGCUCUUUUCAAGCUUCAAUCUUUACCAAGGUUUUAUGCCAUGAUGCAGCCAAUGGCAUUUCGUGCAGUGCAUAAAUUAUUUGAAGAAAAUGAAGGGCCAACUCAUCCAUUUUGUUCUAUUUCAUUAAAAAGUAUAGCCACACAUUUCUGAGCACGAACUAGAGGGAGUGACGGUGAAGCAAUAAAAGAAAUAAGUUUUUAGAAACCUGAGAAUUGAAACAAACUUCAUCAACAAUCUCGGUACUAGCAGUCUGGGCAGCAGCAGUAAAUAUAAACACUGUUCAGGAACAUCUCACGGAGAGCAUUCUUACAAGUGCUUACCUCAGCUGUGUUUAUUAUGCGCUUGCAGCAUGGUGGAACACUAUUUUUGAGUACACCUUGCACAAUUGUUAGCAUUUUGUAAAGGUAUGGGAACUAUUUUGUUUUUUCUGCCUUGCUUAAUUUUGAUGACUGCUGAAAACAUAACCUAUAUUUGUAAGUGAUAUAACAGUGCUGUAGAGCUUUUACUGAAAGGUAAUAAUAAUAAAUAAAGCAGUAAUCCUCCUGCUGCUAAUCUUCAAAACAAAAUUUCUUAUAACAAUUUUGCAGCAAUAAAAGACUGACUUUGUGCCCAAAGAACAUAAGUACGUACACACUAUGCUUGCUUUUCACAACCUUUUUCAUGUUGCCAAUAUGUUUAAAAUAGCACCAAUUUUGUUGCUUGUGAGCACAUUGUAGUUUCUUGUUACAACUACAUCCCUUAAUGAACAAGUGCCUGCUUGUUGUUUUUCACGUUUACAACAUUAACGUAAACACUAGUGAAUGCCAGUCAUGCAUGCCUUAUUACUGUGGUGAAGUGUUGAGCUAGCACAACCUCAAGUAACACACUUACACAUUUACAUAAGAUGUUUAGCAAUGUGCGUAGCACUUGCACGAAGUGCACCUGCAAUCUCAAUUGUUCCUUGUGUUCCUGACUGUGUUUACAUCAGCUGUGAUGCACUUUUUUUUUUUUGCUUGUUUUAUCAUAACAAUGUUGCUUGCCUGUUGUUGUUCUAUUGAUGUCAAUUGUUGAAAACUACAAUUCCAAGUUAUGUGUACAGUAGCAUACUUGUGCAUGCUCAAAACAUACUGUGCUGUGCAAUAAACUAAUUCUGCCACA